GGUUGCUCCAUGGCUCAGCUCCAGAGCUCCUGGGAGAUGCCCCAGCAGGGCUUGGACUACCUUGCAGACCCAGAGGUGGAGGCCAUGGCUGCCAGCAGCUCCUUCCCUGACCACGCUGGGGACCUGGACAGGGCUGUGCCUCGCAUCUGUGGGGUCUGUGGGGACAAGGCCACCGGCUUCCACUUCAAUGCCAUGACCUGUGAGGGCUGCAAGGGCUUCUUCAGGAGGAGUAUGAAGAGGAAGGCUUCCUUCAGCUGCCCCUUCAGUGGGGACUGCAGGAUCACCAAGGACAACAGGAGGCACUGCCAGGCCUGCAGGCUGCGGCGCUGCCUGGACAUCGGCAUGAUGAAGGAGUUCAUCCUGACGGACGAGGAGGUGCAGAGGAAGAGGGAGAUGAUCCUGAGGCGUAAGGAGGAGGAAGCCCUGAGGGAGAGCCUCAGGCCCAAGCUGUCAGAGGAGCAGCAGGAGGUCAUUGCCAUCCUGCUGGAGGCUCACCACAGGACCUAUGACCCAACCUAUGCUGACUUCACCAAGUUCAGGCCCCCCAUGAGGAGCAGCAGCAGCAAGGAAGCAGCAACCAAGUCCUCCUCCAUCCUCAGCCAGGACUUGUCAGAGGACUCCACUGAGCUCUUUGGCUCUGACUCCUUCAGCACAUUGCCAGAGCCUGCGGCGCCGCCGCCGCUGUCCGGCGCGGGGCCGGCGGCGGAGGCUGCGCCGAGCUGCGUGGCCGUGCGGCUCCCCGGGCUCUCCAUGCUGCCGCACCUGGCAGACCUGGUCAGCUACAGCAUCCAGAAGGUCAUUGGCUUCGCCAAGAUGAUCCCAGGCUUCAGGGAGCUGGCGGCGGAGGACCAGAUCGUGCUGCUGAAGUGCAGCGCCAUCGAGGUGAUCAUGCUGCGCUCCAACCAGGCCUUCACGCUGGAGGACAUGACCUGGACCUGCGGCAGCGCCGACUUCAAGUACGGCGUCGCGGAGGUCACCCAAGCUGGGCACAGCCUGGACCUGCUGGAGCCCCUGGUGAAGUUCCAGGUGGGCUUGAAGAAGCUGAACCUCCACGAGGAGGAGCAUGUGCUGCUGAUGGCCAUCUGCAUCCUGUCCCCAGACCGCCCGGGGGUGCAGGACCCGCCGCGGGUGGAGGCGCUGCAGGAUCGCCUCUCGGAGACGCUGCAGAGCUACAUCCGCUGCCGGCACCCGGGGCCGGGCGGCCGCCUGCUCUACGCCAAGAUGAUCCAGAAGCUGGCGGACCUGCGGAGCCUCAACGAGGAGCACUCGCGGCAGUAUCGCUGCCUCUCCUUCCUGCCCGAGCACAGCAUGCAGCUCACGCCGCUGGUGCUGGAGGUCUUCGGCAAUGAGAUCUCCUGA